AUGAUGAGUGGAAAUAUUGUCUAUGACAAGAUCCACUUCAGGCAUGACCCAAAGUGGAGUGGCCGCCUGGGGCCUGAAGAGGGGGGCGGGCUGCUGCUCUGUGUGGCCUGUGUCAUUGAGAUGAUUGACAGUGACGAUAUAGCGUCGGUGAGGAAGUCUUUUGCCUUGUCUGGUAUCAGUGGGGUGCUGAAGUGUUCUCCAGGGUCCUUGAGAGAGCUUCUCCGACAGGACCAGACAGUCUCUCUGCGUUUUACAGCCUCUCUACUGGGGAUGCUUCACACCGUGGAGGACCCAGCCACUCUGGAAAAGGUCGACCAAGUGCUAGUUCAGCUGCUUUUGGAGCUUCAGAGCGAGCUGUCAUACCGUUUUGUUUUGGAUGAAAUACAAAACCAGAUGAAUGGUGACCUUAAUGUAAAGGAUUUCCAGCACACCUUCAGCUUUUUGGGGAACCUCAUGGAAGCAGUCCCCAACGUGGCCCAAAGACUGGUGACUCAGUACGUGCCCUUGCUGGAGCACUUGUGCUCUGCCUUGUUUUAUCCAGAUGAAGCACUGAAGGCUUCUAUCCUGCAUGUGUGGCUCAAACUGUUCGGGACAGCCGGGGGCUCGGUAGCCCAGUCGUUGCCUGUCGCCAUCAGGGACCGAGUGUGCAUCCUGUUGCUGCAGACCUUGGCCAAUGCCAGCUCUGCCCAACUUAUCAACAACUGCAUUGGCCUGCUGUGGCUGCUGGUGCAGCAGGGAGAGACGGUGUCUGUCCUGAUGAGCUGCCCCGGCGAUCAGAUCAAGUGCCAUGAGAACCAGAACAUCUACGCCAACAACAGCCAGACCCUCAGCCAGAACCAAGAGCAACAGUCCCCUGACCAAUGCCCUCUGCCUCUCAUACUGAAAAAGUUGCUGCUGAGUGGUGAUGAGAUGUUGCAGGCGUCGAGUGCAAAGUGUAUUGCAUCCAUCCUGCUUCACUCUCCCAGUCAGUGCAGUGCUCCCUUCAUCAAGGCCGAUGUAGCUGAGUUUCUGUUCGACCGUCUGGCCAGUAGCAAUAAUGAGGUGCUGCUGUGGUCUGUCUACAGCUGUUUGGUGUUACUGACUAAGGACCCACUCCUCUUCUCCCACUGUUACUCUGUCUAUGGUAUUGAGUCCCUGGUGCGCAGUCUGAAAGAGGCUCUGCGGCUGACCAACCUGGAAGUGCCGAAACAAGGUCUGCUGCUGCUUACUGAGAUACUGGAGAGGCAGCCACCAAGCAUGCGUCUGUUCCACAGUGGUUCAGGGUUUGUGGCAGUUUCAGAGGCUGUGAUAGGUGGAGUCUCCUCGUCCUGCCUGCUAGUAGCCACACAGGCUGUCACGGCUGCCUCUGCCCUGUUCAGACUGAACCACCAAUCCAUACCAGUCCAAUACGGGAAGAUGGAGGAAUUAAUUGAGGCCAUCACCAACAGAUUCUCUGGACUGUCCCUACCCUCUCCUGCUCAUCUCCGAAGCACUGGGAACCUGAAGAGGUCAGACCCCAACAGCCAGGCUUCCAGGUCUAAAGGAUUUCUGCUCCAGGCUCUGGUCUGUUUUCAGGCUGCCUGCAGGUUGUCUGAGGAGUGUGCAUCAGAGCCUGUUCUGAAGGAGAACACGUUUACAGCUCCAUCUAAACACAGCCAAGCUCAGGACUCACUGGAGUCCCUGUGUCAUCGUCUGCUGCGCUGCUGUGACGCUGUCUGGAUACCCACUGUCAUCAGAAUGUGUGAGCAUGCACCCAACCCUCAGAUCCUACAGCACUUCUACUCCAUCCUAUCCUACCAGUUCACCCUCCUCCCAUCGCUCAUGCCUGUCUUUGCAAAUAAGCUAGCGUCCUCAGGUUUCUACCGGCUGGCUCUGGAACACAAAGGGCUCCUCUGUGCAGGGAACAGGCACCCAAACCUGAAUACAUCUUGCUGUGGUUUUCUACAGAAACUCAGUGUGUGUCUGCUUUCCCAGUCAGACCCUGCUUCUGGCUCCUGCCAGUAUGAUGUUGAGGAGGUGGAGAAUCUGCUGCUGUGCAACCUUCCCUCUCUGUGUUAUCGUCUGUCAGACUGGCCCUCUCUGCUGUGUGAGGACCCGGGCCUCCAGCUGUGUGAAUAUAAAGGACCAAGGGCCACCCAGUACUGUCUGGUGAUAAUGUUACACCUUGCCCUGCAGCAAGGAGACAGACUACUCCCAGACCAGACGGUGUUCUCCAGUGUGGUGUGGCUGUUGCACUCCGUGCAGGCGCAGGGCAGCUGUGCGGUGCCUCGCUCUGUGCUCCGCUCUGCCCUCUACCUGCUGGCUGUGACACAGGACAAGAGCCCCAAUCUGGACGGGGCUCCUUUGAACUGCAUCAGCAGAGCACUCUACUCCUGCCAAAGCUUCUCCUCCCUCUACACUCACCACCCUGCACUCCUCCACUUCAUCUGUCGAUAUCCCGAGCUCGCAGAGAAAUUUGGGCCCCUGGUCCUGGAACACUGGUUGACCAAGCAGGCACAGCACACAGAUGCAGAGCAGACCACGGCGGGGAUACAGGAGACGGGGGAGAGGAGAGAGAGCCCUGCAGAGGAGAGGCAGGAUCAGCCAGACUCAGAAACUAAGGAGCUCCUGACUCUGAUAGAGAAGUUUCCGGCCGUCAUACUGACCCUCCUGGACAUGGUUUGUACCAGGGAGCCCCCGCUGGCAGAGCAAGCACUGAAUGUUCUGGAAGUUCUUCUGCGUGCGCAAAGAGACUAUGACGCUGACUUGUGCAGCAAUCUGAGGCCGGCCCUGUUGCAGGCUUUCCAGAGGCUGAGUGUGGAGAACAUGGGACAUGGACUUGGACAGGGAAACACUGUGCAUGCGGUGAACUCGCUCCCUCUGGUGCUGAAGCUGCUUUGUGUGACGCAGGCCAGUGACCCGCCUUCAUCGUCUUCCUACAGUAAGAUCGACGGAGUACACGUCAAGCUGCUCUACCACGUGAGUAAUAUAGCAGGGAGGUUGAAGCCCAGCGACACAGGAAGCCUGCUCCCAGCCCUCAGCUACCUGUACUGCUGCCUGAGUCUGUCCCCUGCACACUGCACUGACACAGCUGUCUCCAUGCUGCUCUCCAACAGUGGACUGAUGGACCAGCUGCAGACGGUCCUCUCCUCCUCCUCCUCCUCCUCCUCCUCCUCCUCCUCCUCCUCCUCUGCUCCAUCCCUCUCUCCAUCAGCCUGUCCUCCCUCAGCCCUGCUGUGCUGCAGCCAUCUACUCCUGUCCUCCCUCAUUACCUUGCAGCACGUUCACUCUGCUCAGGUCCAAAAGAGCGUCAGUUGGAGCCUGGACGCAGCUGUGCGGCGACUCCUUGUUCAGAAAAGAAACACAGACAAUCUCUUGCUGGUCAGCUAUUUGAGGUUGCUGCAGGCUCUACUUGAUGCCGACCUGGCAUCAGCAGUGGUGUGUCUGAGCACCGGUCCUGGUCUGGUCGGGCCCAGACCCCUCGAGGUGGAAGAUGGCGCUUUGUAUCCGCUUGGUUCCAGAGGAGCCCAGUGUCUCUUGACUGCUCUCAGUGGACUUCUUCUGCAGAAGCAGGAGUUGUUGCUGAGAGCUUCUGUGAACUGUCUGAGCUCCCUGCUGGGUUUCCUUCAGAGGCACAGCCCCACUACAGCAAAGUACGUGGUGUGUCAACCUUGGAGUCGAUUCCUCCUCUACUACCUGCUCAGCUCAGGAGAGAGCUGCUGUCUGCACCCUGCCAUUCUCAGGCUCAACACAAUUCUCCUGCAGCAUGGCAGUACAGCGGUGCUCUGGGAGCCUGACCUGCUGCAGGUGAUGGAGGCGGUGGAGAGGAGGGGGCUGAAGGAGCUCACAGAGGAGGCAGCACAGGCCCUCGGGCUGCUCCUCACACAGAUCCAGAGCAGUAUCCUGCAGCCACAGCUCUCAGAGGAGCACAAACAGCGAGUGAGGAGCAUGUUGGAGUCCCUCGGCCUCCUGAGACCAGCCGAGAGCCCCAGUCUGCCCAGCAACGUCUUACGCGUUGGAGACGUGUUCGUUUGUCUGUCUGACUUCACGGUGAAAGCCGAUGGAAAGUCAGGUGAUGUUUUAUAG